CAUGCUUUGAUUCUGACCACAUACCAACGCAUUUUUCUUUUCCUUCCAGUCCAGUCCAAAACAUCUGAAGUCGUUGUGGAGAAUUUUCCAUCCACUAGGUUUGCAGCUUUUUGUUCUGACAUUCAGUCAAGUCAAUCACGUGUGAGUGUUGGAAGAAAAGCAGUGACAAAGUGGUUUCCUCCAAUAAGGAACACUAUCGCCCUCUGCUGGUUAAGAUUGGAACUACUUACCAUAACUUCAGCAUAAGCUUGCUCGAAGUACCUACAGCCUAUUAUUUUUUUUAUUUUAUUGUAAAUCGUCAGUACAUUUACAUUUAUGCUCUUGGUUAUUUUAACAGUUUAUUUAAUUCUCAUAUAUUGAAAUAUUUGUCCAUAACUUUGUAUUUGUAUUCAGUUUUGUAUUUUAUACACGUUUGAAUUUUUACAUUUAUUUUAUUUACUUUACAUUUUUGUUGAUUGUUUAUUAAUUGGAAGUAGUAGUACUAUUUUCGACAUAGCAAAUCGGGGAGAUUUAUAGGUUUGUGUAUAAUGUCGUGUUUUAUGUGUUCCUAAUACGUUUAAGAUUAGAUGAUUAUCAUUAUUAUGCUCAUAUUUUGAACGUAUUUUCUCCUUUAAAAUGCUAGCAGGCUAGCAUUGUUUGCUAGGUGACCGCUUAGCAACACCCUGUCACAGGCUAAGCCCAUCGAUGCCAGAAUGUCUGACCGCUCACCUAUCAAAUGCAUUGUUGUUCGACUUUUCUGGCAUCUUUAUUUAUUGUCUUUGCCUUGACUGAGGCAAGCCUCAGAUUGGCUAGCUAGCGUAUAUCCGCCUAGUUUCCGGUCUUCGGACGCCAAAUGUGACUUUUUGCCGCAGUGACGUUGUAUCUUUAUAAUAAAAAGGAGGCAAUGGGGUUUGUUCAGAGCUCGUUUUUGUCCGACGGGAAUGCUACAAGUGGCUAUCACGUUCACGGGAUCCAAGAAGACUCCCCUGCUUUCAAGGCUGGCUUGGAGCCAUUCUUUGACUUCAUCCUCUCCGUUGGAAAUACCAGACUUCAUAAAGAAAGCGACCUGCUGAAGGACCUGCUGAAGGCCAACGUGGAGAAGGCGGUGAAGCUGCAAGUGUUCAACAGCAAAAGGCAGCGAGUGAGGGAGCUGGAGGUGACACCCAGCAACAUGUGGGGGGGCCAGGGCCUGCUGGGGGCCAGCGUCCGCUUCUGUAACUUUGAAGGGGCCAGUGAAAACGUGUGGCACGUCUUGGAUGUGGAGACAAACUCUCCUGCUGCCUUUGCUGGCCUUGUUGCACAGGACGACUUCAUUGUGGGAGCUGACCAGCUGUUGCAGAAUUCAGAGGACUUCUUCUCUUUAAUUGAAAGCAAUGAGGGCAAGCCCCUCAAGCUGCUGGUGUACAACGUACAGAGUGACCAAUGCAGAGAAGUGGUGGUCACCCCAAACGGAGCCUGGGGUGGACAGGGAAGCUUAGGCUGCGGUAUCGGCUACGGCUACUUACACCGCAUCCCAACUCUUGAAGCUAACGCUCAGAAGACAAACGUCCUCCUGCCCAAAGUGGACGCCAAAGAGGUGCCUUCACUAAGUGCACUUGACCUUGCUGAGGAGCAUGCCACUGACUUUGGAGAUGCUUGCAGCGGAGCACAAUCACUGACUCCAGACCAGCCUGGUCUGCUUUCCACUGACGACAUGAGCCACAGGUCAGCCAACCAUGGCGACAACAUGGGUCAUCAGUGUCAUGACGACGAUUCCCUGGCUGUCUACCAAAGAUCUUUUCCCGAGAAAUUCGACCUCCAGGUAAGCGAGCAGGGUCGAGUUUUGGAGUCUGCUCACAAUGAUGACGGGGUAGGGGAAGCUGAGGGCCUCCAGGACGGCGUCGAGGAGUCACCAGACGUCAAGCAGAAUCAGUUUGUGGCGGUGGGCUGCAGUGGAGGGGGCGGGGUCUACAUGGCAUCAUCGUAAGUGGCCAUGACGCUUGUGCAUGGACAAAAAAUGAGCAAAAAGCAAAACAAAUAUCUUUCCAACUUUCUUCCGUUGUUUCUUUUUUUUUAUAUCAUAAGCAAGACGGAGCCGCCUCCUAGUGCUUUUAGAUGCUUUGGGACCCGCUGUUCGUUGAGAAGAGCAAGACACGCUUUCCUGUUGGUCUCCAAAAGUGUCCAGAAAGACCAGAAAAAAUCACUCAUUGCUUUUUUUGAAAAAGAGUAUCAGAGGGGGGUUUGAAUACUCACUAAAUACAUUUGGCAACACUGAUCCCUCCUGCUACAUCUUCUUAUUCCCUGGCAGAGCAGGUGUGUAUGAGGUGUGUUAAAGGGAUAGUCAUGAAGUUGUAUGACAUCCCCGUCAGCAGUGGACUAUUUGCAUCACAAAAAUGCCUCAUCACAAAAGUCAGACCUUAUAAAUCGCUCUGCGUUAUAUUCGUCUCCCGCCGUGUCCCUGCGCACUGUCACCUCUCCAUGUCAAAAAAACCCAAACUAUCCCUUUAAGAAUCAGCGUUACAAUGUCAUCUACUGUACGGCGUUGGAAUGACAAGCUCCAUCCACAGACAGUCCCGUUAUAAUGGGUUUAUGAGUCAGGGCCAGCAGGGAGCGCCACGUCUUAUUUGUGGCGGACUGGUGCAUCUCUUGUGGUUUUGGGUCCCAGCAGGAUAAUGAUCACGAUAAUGAUAAUGAUAAUGAUAAAAUCCUUUUCAUUUCCCGGAGAUAUUAUGAUGCUCAUUCCUUGCUGAUGCCAAACCACAUGUUCAUGUCUAGAAGUUACCAUGUAUGAAGUAGCAUCGUCCCGUUUACUGAUCGAUUUUUGUAUUUUUUUUGUUUCUUUGUCUUGCUGUGGUGGUCGUGAUGCAGCCCUGAGUCGACCAUCAGCCAUCAGAGGCUUUUAUCUUCCUCUGCUGUAUUCAGCGUGGACACACCAGCCUUUUGUCUGCCUUCUGAUUCAAUAACAAAAUGACUGUAAUGCCAUCUCCGCACACACAGAGUAGACAGAAGGUCAAAUGUGUGGGUUUUCUGUGUGUUCAGGUGAGGUUUUUACGCUGUAUGUUCAUGCAGGUAAUAACCAGAGGCAAGAUAACAAUAAUUAUUCCUGUGAGGGAUGUGACGUAAUCCUGUAAGCUGCUUAAUUCUCAGCCUGGGUUUCAACACAUGAAACCCAGUGAGUCAGCGACACUUGAAUUUUAUCUUCAUCCUUAAACUCUCUUCUGGUACCAGGAACAACUUGCAUCUUAGCACAUGUAGGUGAUAUUUUCCCCUCAAAAUGCUACCUAAUUCCCAUUGUUGCCAUGAGACUGCUAUAUUUUACAUAUUGGAAAUGUUCCUCCAAUGCGUAACCAUCUGCACGCUACACUCCUCCUUGCUCGAAUGAGUUACUAAAUAAUAAUGCAUCACUCUAUUGUAGCCUUGAGGGUAGUUGCCGCUGGACUACCCAGCAUGCUUUGCGGGCACCUUGUGGUUGUUACUCGCAUAGAAUGGUAGUUCAUUGUUGCUGUGCGUUAACUUACCUGUUAUGUGUUACCAUGGCUGGGCCACCACAAAUAAAUGAAUGUAUGUGACAUUUUGUAUUUAGCCUUAUUUUACGGUGCAAACCAUCCCACACAAUUCUGCAUGCUUGCUUGAAAAUGAUAUAUUUUGCCUCAGAACACCAGAACAUAUUUUGAAUGAUAACGGUACGUUUAGGCAUGAAAAUGUCUUUUUUAAUGCUUUGUUUUGACACAAAACACUUUAUUUUGCCAUGAAAGUGAUUUAUUUGACCAGGAAAUUCAUUGUGGUUGUAUUAAGAUCCAAUUGUUUUCAUGUGUUCACUCAUGAAGCCCCAAAAUAGGUCAGUUAAAUAGGAUUUACAGUACAUACUGUAUUUCUAUUGGUAUCAUGCUAUGUACGGAUAAAGAUGAUGCUAUUUGACAUCAGACCCACUUUCUACUCCCUUGUUGUCAGCGUGAUAUGACUGGCAGGUGCACAAUAGUACACAGAGUUGUGUGAUUAUUGAUCCGGAUUGAUUAAUGGGUUUUAUUGGUUAGAUAAGCUGCUUUUAGCGCGCAGGCGACGCUCGCUGCAAGCGUGUGCGUACGUCAUCACUUGACGUGACUCAUGCGUCAUUCACUCAGGACCAUCAAUCUUUUCUCCUUCAUCCAAACACAAAGCUCUGCAGCGAAACGGAGACUGGAAUAAAACAUCAUCAAGGCAGCAUGACCUGAUUCCACCGUGCAGGGCUGCGAUGUUGCUCGCUACGUGGCGUACACAGCGUCCCCCUGAGAGCUUGCAGUUGGGAGUCUGUCACAUUUUAGGCUACUGUGCCUUCUGCCAGCCGGGCCGCCCUGUUGACAGCUGCCUGCUUGCAUCAAGAACACCCCUCCUCCCCAAACAGACCCCAGUAGAAAGGCAAUAUGACAAGCUGUAAAAAAAAAAACAAAAAACGUUGCAAUGUUGCGACAAACAAGCGCCACUUCAUCACAGUCACUACUGUCCUCUGAAAUCAGCCUUUUGGCCACUUGUGGGGCACCAUCACUUGUGCCCCGAGCCCAAAAUUUGGCAUAAGGUAGUUCAUUUUCAUAUGAAUUCACUACUCCAUUAUGCAGUCCAGUUAGGGAAAGGCUCCAUUUUGUUAAUCAACAACGUGGCUCAAUUGCUAACUCGGCUAGCUAACUGCUCUGGAGGUUCUGAACUUCUGUUUCCAGACCAUUCAUCUUGUUUGUCAGUAAUUCCUCGCAAGGGGGGUUGCCAGGGUUUUUUAUUCACUUCUUUAGCCAGCAAACCUGCUAGCUUUCCAUGGCCUGCUGCCAAGUAGCACACGCCAUGUAUCAUCCAUCGCUUCCGUAUCAAGCUAAAUGAUAUCACAGCCUUGCUAGCGUGAACACUCAAUUCCAACUUUUUAUGCAUUUCAGUCAAAGCCUGAUGGGAAGAGUUCAAUUUAUUUAAAAGCUUGCCCUUGCCCUUUUUUUUUUCUUUGCAUGUGCACUAUGACAUGCACGCUUUACAGCGGAUCAAUAAGAGGGAACAGUACGGUAUUGAUUGUUUGAAUUCAGCUACUCAGCCGUUCCUCGUGUUGCGUGUAUGCACUCAUCACGUCCCACUUGCACGUUCUCCCUUCUCCCCAUCAUGUCGUCCUCACCGUGCUCCAUCUGUUCACACACACACACACGCACACACAUGAGGAGGUUCUCUUAGCAUUUGUUCUUGUGUGGUCCAGCCCAAAUGUCCCCACAAAGGUGCGAUGUGCUGUAUUUACAGUACAUAGAAAGUACUGAAGUCACUAAAUCAUACAACAAAAAAAAAGGGAAAAAAAAAAAAAAAAAAGGAGGGUUCCAUCCGACAGACAUAUCAUGCGUGACCCUAGAACCGCCACUGGUUCUCGAUAUGAUCCGAUGACAUGAUUUUACAGUAUCAGUCGAAACUGUGCAUUGUUGUACCAGAUUUUGUAAUAUUGAAUCCAAAGAAUCCGCGACUGCGCCAGCUAAAGUGCCGGUUGAGACUUGUGUUAUGAUAAGUAAGCAAGUUAAUGUUCAACUUACUAUAAUGUUCAGUGCAGUCAUGUCACAAAAAUUGUGUUAAAGGUCACCUUUGUCUACAAUGGCAGCUGUUGAACAAUGUGGACUACAAAUCCCUUGAUCCUCCACUUCAUCAUGAGCUAAAACUAUUAUUGGUAGAGCAGCAGGCAUUCCAUCUUACGCAAUUGUGGGUUACCUGAGGCCACCUGGAUCUGAUCACAUUGACGCAUGAUAGUGACCGGCUGCAGCAUCAUUCCUCCACUUAAUUCAUAAAAUGUUGUUGAUGCUACAUCUGGUGGUAAAAUAGCAUAAUCACAGUAGAGGUGAUGCAUAUUUACUGUACAGUAAAUAAACCAAAGUAGUUUCCUACCACAUAACAUGUUUAAAUGAGGGCGAUGAAUCGCAUUUUGUCCAUAGUUAAGUCGGAAUUAAUCACAUUUAAUCGCAGUUAAAAAUAAGUUUUUAUCUAUAGUGGGUGGGGAUGUAAAUAAACAAUUCGAUGCGCAACCACGAUAACUAGAUCACAUUUUACGUAAAGGGAUAUCAAUUUUGGAAAUAUGGGCCAUUAUUUUAUUCAAAAAUAAUAUACAGUUAGAAAUCCCACAGUUUUUGAAUGUUUAUUGCGAGCAGCGAUUUUUCCCACUGUUUGACAGUCCUUGAAUGCACCCUCUACGUUUUCCCACACUGCACAGAUAGAUUACUGUACUGUAUUCUUACCCUUUUCCCCUCACCAAAUGCUGACUCUAUGUGGGAAUGCAUAAAGGUAAGGUUCGAUGACAUUAUCGAGUGCUAAUGUGCAUAUUUGUGGUACACAACCUCUCUGGACAAACAAGUCCAGGCUCGUACCGGUGGAUGGUGGGUCUGUAUUCAUUUUGUGCUUUUAAUUUGAUGUUGUUCCAGUCAUAGUUUUACACAAUAGAUAAUAAAUAAAAUAAAUUUGAUCGUUAUAAUGUACAUAUGUUUUACUGAAGUGUUGAAGACUAGCUAGUGCACUGCUAAUGCUAGCUGCUGUUAGCGCUGCUAGCGCUGAAUUGACAGAAGCGCCUACAUAGCUGUCUUCGGCUUUGCCUGCCGUUAACUAGAAGCUCGUACCCAAAUUUUAUCUCCAAGCAAAAAAUCAGCCCUGAGACGGCUCGCUUCUAAAAAAUAAAACACUCGGUAGUUGGGAUACUUGUAUCCCAAGACACCACUGGAUAAAUGGCAAUUUUAAAAUACCGGCAGUGCUUCAGGACCUUCCCACUUCUCUCUGGCAAGCCGUCGACGACGUAGGCGGUGACAAUUCCAAUCACAGCGACAGUAGAUGCAAAUAACUGUGGUCUUGUUGCGAGAGCCAUCUGCCCGGGCUUUGAAGCUAAAUUUACCAAUCAAAAUACCCCUUUUUUUCUCCAUUUCUGCUCAAGAUUUGCUCCCGCUUGUUGCACCACGGUGACCGCUGCUUCCUCAAACUACGGCGUCGGCAGGACAUGAGGGUCAGACAGGACAUGCGUAUGUUAAUUGCUCGUCAAAAAAAAAAUAGUGCCGUUAAAGUAAACUUCCGUUAACACGUUAAUAACACGUUAACUUUGACAGGCCUACUUUAAAUAUAUAUAACAUGUUAAAUGAAGUGUCAUUUCAUGUAAAGUAUCCUCCACCUUGGAAUGAAUCAAACAGCUUCAUCCUUUCUUGGACAGAAAGACCCUCUUUCAAACUCUGGAAGCCAAACACACACAACAUUGCCUUUUUAACAAAUAUUUAGCUCUGAUUCGACGUAGGAGAGAGGGUUUGUCCGUUUUCUUCAGGAGAGAAGCGUUGCUUGUGUUGGCUGCACUGACGUCUAAGAAAAUGAGACCAUUAAAUACAAUUUGACAAGGCAUAUGCACCAUUUCAGCAGUUUUCAACUCUUCCCUGACUCUCCCAACAACAGCUGCCUGUCUUAGGAACUGCAUCUCGGCCUCCCUCGGCCGCAGGAUCUUCCGUGAGACAUCAAAAAGCAAGUAGAACAACAGGGUCGCACGAUCGUGCAGUUCUUCUGUAUGAAUACGUUGGGAAAAAGACAGUGGACUUGCAACACACUGA